AGUUGAUCCGUUAAAACAAAUCUGAGUCAGUCGGAAUGAUCAUAUUAUAGACAAAAGGUAUUAGAAAAACAGCAGAAAUACUGAGAACGUCAUGGGAUAUUAUUACAUGAUGUGUUAUUCAGUGACAGUGACUUACGGAGGCAGAUCUGGUUUACACAUUUUAUAUAGUUAUUUCUCUGUUGACCAGUACUUAACGCCACAGUGACUGGCACAUUUUAGCUUCUUAUUAUCGGCAUUCUUAACUUCCUGCUAUGGUUAAUGUAACGUUUCAUUUCAUGAUUUCAUGACUUCUGUUUCACCACCAUCAAAAUAAAUAUCUCUAUGAGCGUCUGUGCUUUCCCAGCACACCAUGGCAUUACUUCACAUCCUGUUCAAACACACACUGUUGGCAUAUCGUUUGGUAGGAAUAUACUGACUAUUCAACUCACAACUCUCUAAUGAGGUUUCCCAAUAAGACGCUCUGAUUUUGUUGGAAAAGUGCAGCUUAUACAGGAUUUCAGGACAUCAUGGACAUGACACCCAUCCCCAGCUCUGGUAAUAGUAACCUGAAUGAAGCCAACAGUUGUGGAGUGGACCUCAGCCAAGAUGCCAUCUACCUUCCUGUAAUCUACAGUAUCUUCUUCAUCAUUGGCACUCCCCUCAAUUUGAUGGCCCUGUUCGGGCUCUAUCGUCUGAUCAAGUCUGAAAACGUCUUACCGGUGUACGUGAUCAACCUGCUCCUUUCGGAUCUCCUCCAACUGUUCACUGUACCUCUAUGGAUUGACUACUAUCGCAAGGGUCACAGCUGGCGAUUCGGGUCCACUUCCUGCCAGUUAUUGGGGGCCAGUUUCUACGUCAGCAUUUACACCGGCAUUGCCUUCAUGUGCAUCAUUGCUUUGGAGCGCUACUUGGCCAUCGCCAAGCCUCUGAGAUUCCAAGCAUUGAGAAAGCUGAAGUUUGCACGAUGGAUAGCCCUUAGCAUAUGGGUCGUGGUAGCCGUGCCUCCAUCCAUCGCCUUGCAUAAAAUGCAACCCAACGACAAUCACACCCUGUGCAUCGAGAGCUACCCUUCCAAGGAGGGGUUCAUCAUCUACCGAUUGAUCACCUUAUCCCUGUCCUUCAUCAUCCCUCUCGCCUUCAUCGUGUUCCUCCACUGGAAGACCCUGAGGUCUUUGUCGGCCAUUGGUACCUUGGGAACGGAAGAGAAGCACCGCAUCAGGGGGCUUCUCACUCUGCUGGUGGUCAUCUUCAUCCUGGUCCUCGGCCCCUACCACAUCACAGGAUGCGUGAAGUACAUUGGAUUGCUUCUCCACAGGGACGCCUGUGAGUGGGAGAAGGCAGUGUUUUUGCCCUACCAGCUGGGCAGGGGUCUGCUGAGCCUCAACAGUCUGCUGGAUCCUAUACUUUAUACGUUCCUGAGGAGUGACUUCAGGGCGGCUGUGGGCCAUUACCUGCCCUGCCUGAGGAGGAUGCAGGAGUCUGUAUGCAAGACUGUGAGUCAUCAGAGGACCACCACUAAGACCCCUAGUAGUCUUUCAGAUCACACUGAUUCUAUCUAAACCCAAACCAGACAUUUGUAACAUACCUGUACAUGAUGUACUGUGCCUAGCUAGUAACCAGCCUUCGAAGAACCAUCACCAGGACCACUAUUAUCCUUGAAGACCCCACAGAGAGACCCUGAUUCAACCUGUGAUAACCAUUAAUACUGAACAUUAUUCAUAAAUGCUGCAGAACAAAGGUUAUACUGUGGGAAAGGAAAAUCUCUAAGAUACACAUAUAUUUCGUAUUAUUUUUUUUUUACAAAACUGUUUGUUGCUCUAAACAGUGCCAGUGGGUUUUGGAAAGUACAUUCUUGAUUGAGACAGAUGUGGUUUGCCUCAUAUUGCCACAGCCAGGAAGUUGCCAGAUUGGGAUUUCAUGUGGCAGGCAGUUGGUCUCGCAGAAGGACUGGUGUCAUCAUAAUAAAUUCAUAUUUCCUCUUUCAAGCACCAAAAAUUACACAAAAAGGAACUUGCCUAUAAAUACAUCUUGUUCCAAAUCAAUUGAAACUUGUUUUACAAACUUGUUUUACAACAUUGUUUAAACAAAUUUACAAACUAGACAUGAAACCUAUAAGAUAAACUGCUGAGGGACUGAAGAUAGUUUUAAUCCCUGGUUGUCCACAAUAGUGUAUAUUUGACACUGGGGAGAAAUAUAAUGUAGUACUUUGAUGAUUUAGAGUUGCCUCUGGCAACUGAAAGGGAUGGUUCCACCAGACUGUUCUACCUAUUUAUAAAUAGCAUCGUACCCAACUGAAAGGGAUGGUUCCACCAGACUGUUCUACCUAUUUAUAAAUAGCAUCGUACCCAACUGAAAGGGAUGGUUCAACCAGACUGUUCUACCUAUUUAUAAAUAGCAUCGUACCCAACUGAAAGGGAUGGUUCAACCAGACUGUUCUACCUAUUUAUAAAUAGCAUCGUACCCAACUGAAAGGGAUGGUUCAACCAGACUGUUCUACCUAUUUAUAAAUAGCAUCGUACCCAACUGAAAGGGAUGGUUCAACCAGACUGUUCUACCUAUUUAUAAAUAGCAUCGUACCCAACUGAGGACCACAUGUACACAAGAAUUGGACGUGGUUUUGUAAUGUGGGGCAAUGUGUAAUAUUGUAUUUCUGUCAGCAUUGCAAUGCUAAAUGUAAAUCAAUCUAUAUCAUAAACCUAUGUACCAUUUCAUUUAAAACAUUUCAUUUAAAACAUAACUGUACAUAUCAUGACACCUUUCAGAUUCAGUUGAAUAAAAGAGUUUCAUGUUUGCAUAAAAGUGAUAUAGAUUAUAUCCCAUAUGUUACUAUAGCCUAUAGGGGGGCAAAACUAAUGAAAUCUAUAGUGAGUUCCUAAUGUUUCCAUCUGUGCUGCAACACUGAAGGUGCUAAAGAUGAUGCCGUUGACAUAGUACCACGUAGCACUUGACAAUAUGUGCAUUGUAUGUCCAAUUUAUCUGCCCACAGAGACUAAUUGUAUGUCCAAUUUAUCUGCCCACAGAGACUAAUUGCAUAAUUCUAGCUUGAUGGUUGAGGCAGUCAUUCCACACUGCACUAAAUUGAAAGGAGAGGGACUCCUGUAAAAUUGCUCUUGAUUCAUAGAACCGCCAAAUCAAUAAAAGUGUAUUUUAUCUAAUUACAUAUUAUAGCGAAGACAUAUAUAUAUUUUUUUAUCAACGCCUUGUCUCUGUGAAUGAGCCAAGCAUUAUUGCACUGAUUCAGAUUGAUACCAGUUAAUUGUACAAUGCAUUAAAGAGCGCUUUAAUUAUA